UUUUUACACUCUAACACCCAUAUUUACCAUUUUCCUUAAGGCCCUGAAGGUAACAUGAGUGUGGUCUUGCCCUUUUCACCAGUCCCAGUCUUGUGAUUAGUCGAGGGUCUUUUCACUCACUCCGGUCAAUAGGCAGUCCCCCAAAAACCGAGUCACGUUUCUUCUCAUCCAAUCACAGUCCAGUUUAAUUAUGACACAGUGGGAUUCCGCGAAAUUGUUUCUUGGAGUUGAACUAAAGUGCUGCUCUCUGUAAAAUAGGACAAGUUGGCCAGUGUGUGGGUGCGCACAGAGAGGCGGACACAAUAGCGCCGUGGGUAAACGCUGUGAUUUUGAUUCGUCCGUUAGAAUUAAAAGGAUCUGGAGGAAGAAAGAGAAAAGAGGAACCGGGGAACAAUUUCAAAGCGCUAUCUUUCCUGAGCGGGGCGUUUAUUUAUCCGCCGCGCAACCCCGACAAGAAAAGCGCAGUCUGCGCGGAGUGGUCACAUUGAAGACGACACGUGUGGAUGAUUAACCGCAUGUUUCCUGGGAGGACUGCGGACUGAUUACUGUAUCCGCUUUGUCGGAUAGUUUUUCCUCGCCUCUCAAGAUCUAUUGUUUUGCUUCUCUCCUCCCGGCUCUGCUUCAGGGAUCGUGAUGUCGUCGGAAGUCGACGUCUCUGCAGACCGCGUCCCCAGCCGACCACCGCCGGGGCGGAUGGAGGACGUACUGAAAGAGAGCCAGGAGAACAGGACUUUACUGAUGGUUGCGAGGAUUUUGCUGGACUUGAAUAAAUGCAGCCCCAACGCUGUCAGCGCUGGAGAAAACCGAUGUCUCGGGGGCAGCGAGGCCGGCGCGCAGGAGAAAGCGGAACGGGGGAGUCGGCUGAGCGGCGGGGACAGCCGCGGCUCUCCGGCCAGCCAAGCCAAACAUCCCCGGAACACGAAGGCGGCGGCGGGGAGACUGCCGUGCUCCGAGAAGAGACACCGCUGCCCUUUUGCUGACUGCGGGAAGAUGUACGGCAAGUCGUCCCACCUUAAAGCCCAUCUUCGGGUCCAUACCGGUGAGCGCCCCUUUGAGUGUACCUGGGCAGGCUGCGGCAAGAAGUUCUCCCGAUCGGACGAGCUCACCCGUCACUAUCGCACGCACACAGGCGAAAAGCGCUUCAACUGUCCGAUGUGUGACAAGUGCUUCAUGAGGAGCGACCACCUGAAGAAACACGCCCGGCGACAUCCAGGCUUUCAUCCCAGCAUGCUCCAGGGCUCCGGCGCGGCCAAGAGAAGGCGUUGCUCCUUGUCCGUGUCCUCCUCUGAUUCUGGAGACCGAAGCCCCACCGGGGUGUGAGACACACCCACAUACUGUACAUGUGCACACAAAGGUACAUACUGCACAUACAGAGGCAUACACAGACAUCCACACCCGCGUGUGGCACCUGUACCUUUUCUACAAAUCCUGUCGAGCCAGACAACCAGCCAGACCACAAUUCAGAGUUUACUACACAUGUAACGAAGCAAACAUGACAAAUCUGACUGUAAUCACACUAGAACGUCUCAUCUCAUUCCCUGAGGUGAUUGUUAUUUAUUAAGGGUUAUUUCAGGGAAGUCCAGUUCUUCUUCAACUUGUAUUUUUUUAUUGUGUGUUGUCAAAUGGGUUUUUUUCCUUUUUUCUUGAAAGAAUCUGCCGUCCAAGUGGAAACCAUGUACCCAUAAAGUGUUUGAAAAACACUGCAUGAAUUCACUUUGCAUUGCAGACUUCCCUUGCAAAUGAAGAGAAUGGGAAGAACGCAAGUCCUUAUAUUCCUAGCGCUUAAAGAAGUUCUGGAAAUAGUCAUUUAAUGAAUAUUGUUAUUGCACACAUAGACUUAUGCACACUUGAACAGUUGCUUUUCAGCCCAGGAUAAUGCAAAUGCACAACACAGCAGUAUUAUCAUGUAAAUAGAUCAAACUAACUUCAGAUGGGUGAUAUACUAAGUUUAGUGUAGUUACAUGUUAAUAGAGAGUAAUAAGAAAA